GCAGGGAGAAGCACUGCUCCGAAUAGUGACGGUGAUCAAGAGACGACACACUCAGCCGCUGUUGUAAAAUGCAAGAGGUGGACCAAGUGUCAGGCGCCACCUUUCAUCUCUCACUCUAUCGCUCUCCCGCUCUGCUCUGGUUGUCUCUAUCUGCAGCCCGCUGCCUGGCUUCUCUCUCUCUCGCUCGUUGGCUGGGGCUUGGCUGGCCGAGCAGCGAAGUGUAUUGACACAGUGGACUACCUGCUGCCUGGGGACUGUGUGCGCUGUGAGUACUCUAUGAAUACGCGGAGCUCCAAGUUGUUGUUUUGGCUGCCAGUGAAUGGCCCUGUCCCUCAGAGGAACAACUUGAAGGUGAGCGUCAGGAACCGGGAGUAGCUUCUGGAAGAGGAACAGACAGGAGGAAUGGAUUCUUGAGAAAAGACCGAGAUUGAGCAAAAUGUGUGAAUAAGCGACAGUUUUUCAGAAAAGGAAAAAACCAAGUGACACUCUCGGACAGAGGGAAGUAACAAGAGCACCCCCCCCCCCCAUUUUAUUUUGGGAUGAAUAUGCCAUUGUGUGGACAUAAGGAAAGAUAGAGAAACACAGUCUUCAGUGAUUCUGUUAAUGUCUUAACAGUAUUUUUCUCUCUUUUUCUUUGUGUUUAUUUUUCUCCAGUUAGUGUCGGCUGUGGCUUGUCACUUCUGUAUUGCCGGUCUCUGGUGGAACAGCGCUAAGGAGAAGGCGACUUGCGCUAAGGGAAAGAGAAGGGGCACGUAAAUAGUUUCCCUCCCAACUUCCCGCCACUCUCUACAUUUGUUUCUGACCUGCUUUCUCUGGACCCCAGGGGUGGCCCCCAAAUGCGAGUGGCAAGGGAGCCAUAUUGUUUUGAAACAAGGAAAGGGUGUAGUGGAAAAUAAUAUCCCCCUUCACACUCCUGGGAGCAUAUGGUUUAGCGAGUGGUGGCCAGCUGCUUACUAGCCACCCGCUAAUUACGCUAGCGCGACAACAGGGGCAGCUCUGUGCUCGGAGGAGACAGUCGUGUUACUGCUGGCUUUAUUUUGGUGCUGACUGGAGCUAUACGGAACAAUAAGCUUGCGGGCACAAAGAACACAAAGAAGCAGUUGUUCUUGUUUUACUUGUAGCAUUUUGUAAGGAAAAGAAAAGGAGGCUGCUAAUGAAUGUCUUUACAGCUUCAGAGCUCCCGGAGCUCUAGCCCCAAGGCUCCCAGUUUAUCAGCCACAGGAGGCUGAAGGAAGAUGCUCCCCGCCAAGUCACCAGGGGCUACUCUUGACGAAUGCUGUGGCAGCGCAGUGGUGCCUGGUUCAUUUUGUCUUGAGGGCUGCCGGGAGACCAGUGGGAAGUGUAAUUGUUGACCAAGGCGGUGAAGAGAUCAAGGAGGCUCCUUACUGUGGAAUUACUUUACUUUAAUUACUUUAACUUUCAGGUGCACAUAGGUGUGGUUGGUUCACACAUACACUUCCAUACUGUAUAUUUACUCACUCCCCACACAUACAAUCUGUUGUGGUCCCCUUCCAAUGCUUGGAUUAAAAUGGAGGUAGUGUGGGCAGGUGGGGGGCUGUAGGAGCGGAGGCCCAGACCCGUCUGUCCUCUUCCCACAAAUGGAUGUUAUUAGUUUCCAAAAUUAGUUGCCUGGAAACCUCUAAAAGCUUCUGGCCGUGUCUUUCUGAAAGCAACUGCAACUCCCUCCCCACGGUGGAACACAGCUUGAGUCAGAGCUGAAUCUACCAGCCAUUACCCAGCCUAUCAUUCUCUCCUCCUCUUGCCUCGUUUCGCGUGUCAUCUUUAUUCUGUGGUUCUUCAUCUCCCACCCCGUUACCCGUACCUCCCCGUUGGGGACGGACUCUGGAAGUGGAGUAUGACCAGCUGCCAUUACCCCACGCCGCCCCCGGAGCGGGACCGGAUGUACCAACACAAGGUGUCCCUGGUGGUGCGCUACUUUAUGAUCCCCUGUAACAUAUGUCUCAUCCUGCUGGCCACCUCCACGCUGGGCUUCGCCGUGCUGCUCUUCCUCAACAACUACAAACCUGUUCACUUCACACCAGCCCAGCCUCCUGACGAUUGCAGAGGAAUGCUAUGCGGCUUCGGGUCAGUAUGUGAACGUGAUGCGGCUGACCCCUCCAAGACAGAGUGCGUCUGCAAGAAGAUGGUGUGUCCGUCGGUUGUGGCGCCUGUGUGUGGCUCGGACUCCUCGACCUACUCCAAUGAGUGUGAGCUGGAGAAGGCCCAGUGCAACACGCAGCGGCGCAUCAAGGUGCUGCGCAAAGGACCCUGCGCCCUGGAGGACCCGUGCAGUGAGGUGACCUGCAGCUACGGCAGCACCUGCAUCCAGUCAUCGGACUCCUUGUCGGCCAAGUGCAUGUGCCCGCUGAGCUGCGACGGUAAGCCCGAGCAGGUGGUGUGUGGCAGUGACGGCCAAGACUACCGCAACGAGUGCGAGCUCUACAAGCAAGCCUGCCACACCCAGAAGAACUUCCGCCUGCAGCACCAGGGAUACUGCAACCCCUGCAAAGACAGCGAGAACAGUCUGAAUGUGGCGUGCCGGGUGGAGCCACGUACCCGCCAGCCCCUGACCUUUGCCCCCCCGGAGUCCUGCCCACCUGUCAAUGAGCCACUGUGCGCCAGUGACAGCCAGACGUACGAGAGCGAGUGCCAUAUGACGAGGACGGGCAUGCAGAAGGGCAUUGAACUCAGGAAGAUCCACCCGGGCCGCUGCAAGAAACAAGAGAUGUGCAAGGUGGAGUGCAAGUUCAAUGGCGUGUGCCAGGUGGAACGUCUAGGCGUGCGCUGCUCCUGCGAGCCUAUCCAGUGCGACGGGACCUACAAGCCGCUGUGCGGCAAAGACGGACGCAGCUACGUCAACGACUGUGAACGGCAACGGGCCGAGUGCCUGGCUAAAGCCCACAUCCCCGUCAAGCAGCAAGGCCCGUGUGAUCUCCACGCGCCCAGCCCGUGCCUGGCAAAGGCCUGUGAGUUUGGCGCUGUGUGUGUGGUGAAGAAUGACAAGCCCGUAUGUGAGUGCCCCGAAGCCUGCCUCCAGACACCCGACCCAGUGUGCGGCAGUGACGGCCACAGCUACGGCAGCCAUUGUGAGAUGAGGGCCACGGGCUGCGCCCUGCAGAGGGAGAUCCACAUCCAGCACCGAGGACCUUGCGACGAGGCGUGUGCCAACUGUUCAUUCGGGGCGAUCUGCGACGGGCAGUCAGGCCGCUGUGUGUGCCCGCAGGAGUGUGUGGAGUCCCACCAACCGGUGUGCGGCAGCGACGGCUCCACCUACGGCAGCGAGUGUGAGCUCCACGUGCGCGCCUGUACCAAGCAGCUUGACCUGCGUGUGCUCGCCCAGGGAGAAUGCAAGACCUGUGGCAGCGCUGUGUGUGCCUGGGGGGCCCAAUGCAUCCAGAACAAGUGCGAGUGCACGCAGUGCCAGGGCCAGGCUUUCUCGCCUGUGUGUGGCAGCGACGGCAUGACCUAUGACAACACUUGUGAGCUGGGCUUGGCAUCCUGCGUCUUCAAGAAGAAGAUCGAGGUGGCCAAGCUCGGCAGCUGCGAAGAAGAGUGUGGUUCAGGAGGGUCGGCCUCAGGUGUUGAGAGCUGCGAACAGGAUAGGUGUCGUACGUUUGGAGGCUCGUGGGACGAGGACACAGAGGAUGACCGCUGUGUCUGUGACUUCGACUGCAAUCGCGUGCCUCGCAACCUGGUGUGUGGCUCAGAUGGGAAGACCUACAGCAACGAGUGUGAGAUGAAGAAGGCCAGUUGCGAAAGGCAAGGGCAUCUGCUGAUCCAGAAUCAGGGACCCUGCACAGGGAUUUCAGCCACCUCUCCACCAGAGCUGACAGCGCCACAACGCUGCAUUCAGUCAGUCUACGGCUGUUGCCGCGACAACAAAACGGCGGCCCUUGGUGUGGGACUCGCUGGAUGCACCAGUACGUGCCAGUGUAACCCGUAUGGCUCCUACAAGGGGACGUGUGACCCGGGCAGCGGCCAGUGCUCCUGUAAGCCCGGCGUCGGGGGACAGAAGUGCGACCGCUGUGAUCCAGGCUUCUGGAACUUCCGUGGCAUUGUCACAGAGAACUUGAGCGGCUGCACACCGUGUAACUGCGACGCAGUGGGCUCGGUGAGGGACGACUGCGAGCAGAUGUCAGGCCUGUGCUCCUGCAAGACUGGAGUGAAGGGCAUGAAAUGCAAUGUGUGCCCCGACGGCAGUAAGAUGGGCAGGAGCGGCUGUGACACAGGUGCUGAUGCCCCAACCUCAUGUAAUGAGCUGGACUGCAAGUUUGGUGCGUCUUGUGUUGAGGUCAAUGGUCAAGCCCACUGUGAAUGUCCCUCGCCCGACUGUGACGAGAUGAACAAGACCAAGGUGUGUGGCUCUGAUGGGGUGACCUACGCUGACCAGUGCCAGCUGAGCACCAUUGCCUGUAGGCGGGACAAGCACAUCAGAGUGGAACACUUUGGCCAGUGUGCAGAAAGCAUCACCGAGCCUGCCAGCCGACCCACCCCUUACCCCCCCACCCCCCGCGCAAAAGCCACCACCCCCUCCCACGUCAGGCUUACGUCGCCGCGCCAUGGCACAUCAUACUCUCCCUGGGACGAUGAUGAAACCGAGGGGCCACUAGCCUCAUUCGUGGAGGCCCUGCCGCCCCCCAUGUCCACUGAGAGACCGCUUCCCACCAACCACCCCGUCAUCACCCCCCACCACCCACCUCACUCCACCACCCCUCGCCUACCCAGCCACACCAGCCCUGGCUCCUCCCCUACAGCCUUCGAGGACUCAGGGAGCGGUGAGCCCAGCGGAGACGACCAGGUGGAGGAGGUGGAAGAGGGUAGCGGCGUCAGAGUCCUGGAGGCGAGCGGAGAGGAGCCAGUUGACCCCACAGCCGCAGCCACCACCAUCCCCACAGCGGAGGACCGCUCGUCGUGUGACAACACUCCCUUCGGCUGUUGUCCUGAUGGCAAGACGGCUUCCAGCAGCCCUGAGGGAGCCAAAUGCCCCUUCCUCCAUGCCUCUGCCAAUUUUUGGGACAAGUCUCAGUCUGCCACCAUGCGGUUCAACGGCUUCCUGCACUUGGACCAGGUGGAGGGCCAGGAGGUCUUCUACACCCCUGAGAUGGAGGAUCCCAAGUCUGAGCUGUUUGGCGAGACGGCCAGGAGCAUCGAGAAUGCUCUGAACGAGUUGUUCCGUAAAUCAAAGGUGCAGAACGACUUCAUGAGUGUCCAAGUCCGCAGCCUGGCGCCCAGCAACUCCAUCCUGGCCUUCAUCGAGGCCCACUUCAACCCAGAGACCAGUUUCACGGUGCAGGACAUUGAAGGAGCCCUGCUCAAGCAGCUGAAGGCAGCCAAGGAGACAGCCAUUGUGGUGAAGAAGCCAGAGGAGGAGAAUAUUCGCUUCAACAACUAUGGCCUGUUCUCCCUCCCCUACUUCACUACCAGAGCUACCGCCACCACCCCCACUGCCAGCACUGCCACCAGCACCACCCUGCCGCACCCCAACUCCCCUUUCAUCACACGCCGUCCCCUGGGCACCACACGCCGUCCCUAUACCAGCCGCCGGACCACCGCCGCCCCUUCUACCAUGGCCCCCACUCCCACCAUUACUAUCACCCCCCUCCACAGGACCAGCCCUGUGCCCCACUACACCAAAGCUCAGCAGCCCUGUGACUCCCACCCAUGCCGCCACGGCGGCACCUGCGAGGACGACGGCGCCGAUUUCACCUGCAUCUGCCCCGCCGGGAGAGGGGGCGCUGUCUGCGAGAAAUUGAUCACAUACUUCAUCCCGUCAUUCGGGGGUAAGUCCUAUCUGGCCUUCGACACCAUGAGGGCCUAUCACACGGUCCGUAUCGCCAUGGAGUUCAGGGUGGCCGAGAUGACGGGCAUCCUGCUCUUCAACGGCCAGGAUGGCAAGAAGGACUUCCUGUCUCUCACCCUGGUCAAUGGCAAGGUGGAGCUCAAGUUCAACACCGGCUCGGGCACAGGCACACUGGUCAGUAAAGUCCAGGUGAAGCAGGGUCGCUGGUACCAGCUGGUGGUGACGAGGAACCGGCGCAACGCCGUGCUGAGCGUGGAUGACGAGCUCCACAUCGAGGGCGCCAGCCCCCCCGGAACCGACGGCCUCAACCUGGACACACACCUCUUCAUCGGAGGGGUGCCCGAAGACAUGAUGACAGAUGUGAAGGAGAGGACCUCCACCGGUACAGGUCUUGUUGGCUGUGUUCGCACGCUGGACGUCAACAACCUGGUGUACAACCUGCAGGAGAAGGGUGGCAACGUGCUCUACGGCACCGGCGUAGGCGAGUGCGGCAACAACCCGUGCCAGCCGAACCCCUGUAAGAACAGCGCCUCCUGCCAGGUCAAGGAGGCUGAGAUGUUCCACUGCAAGUGCAUCAACAGCUACUCCGGUCCGACGUGCGCCGACACCCACAAUCCAUGCGAGCCUAACAGAUGCCACCCAUCGUCCCAGUGUCAGGUGCAACCAGAGGGAGGGUAUAAGUGUGAGUGUCCCAUGGGCCGCGAAGGACUCCAUUGCGAGCAAGUGUCGGACAAGAAAGGGGCCUACAUGCCGUUCUUUAGUGGUGACUCUUACCUGGAGCUGAAGGGAUUGCACACCUAUGGUCACAAUCUCCACCAAAAGGUCAGCAUGAUGGUGGUGCUCAUGGCCAACGAAUCCAACGGCAUGAUAUUCUACAAUGGCCAGAAGACCGACGGCAAAGGGGACUUCAUCUCCCUCUCCCUCAACGACGGCAUCCUGGAGUUCCGCUAUGACCUGGGCAAGGGCCCCGCCGUCAUCAGGAGUAAAGAUAAGAUCAAGAUGGGUGUGUGGAACACAGUGAAUCUGGAGAGGGCCAGUCGCAAGGGAGAGAUCAACAUAAACGGAAAGGACCCAGUCAGGGGAGAGUCGCCGAAAUCACGCAAGAACCAACACACCGCUCUCAACCUGAAGGAGUCUCUGUUCGUGGGUGGUGCUCCUGAUUUCAGCCGGCAAGCGAGAGCCGCCUCGCUCAAAGAUGGCUUCAAGGGGGCCAUUCAGAAGAUCACCCUGAUGGGCACUCCCAUCCUGCGGCAGGAGAACGCAUUGCACUCCAGUGACGUGGCAAUGUUUAAGGGCCACCCGUGCAGCCGGUAUCCCUGCCACAACGGGGGUCUCUGCAACCCCAUGCUUGAGAGCUACGAGUGUGUGUGCCCCCACGGCUUCACGGGCACAGCCUGUCAGAACACCAUCUUAGAGAAGUCGGCCGGGGAGUCAGAGUCCAUUGUUUUUGAUGGCCGGACUUUUAUCGAGUACCACAACGCCGUCACCAAGAGCCAACUGACCAAUGACAUUCCAGAUCCAGAGUCACUGGAGAACCCGUCGGAACAGAGUGAGAAGGCCCUGCUAGUGAACAAAUUUGAGCUGAGCAUCAAGACGGAGGCCACACAGGGCCUGGUGCUGUGGAGCGGCAAGGGCGUGGAGCGCUCUGACUAUAUCGCCCUGGCCAUUGUGGAUGGCCGCGUGCAGAUGACCUAUGACCUGGGCUCCAAGCCUGUGGUGCUUCACUCGACGGUGCGCGUCAACACUAACAGUUGGAUCUGCGUCAAGGCCAGCAGAGCACGUAGGGACGGAUCUCUCCAGGUGGGCAACGAGGCAGCAGUCACGGGAUCGUCGCCCCUGACAGCCACUCAGCUGGACACAGACGGAGCUCUCUGGUUGGGUGGCUUGGAGGAGUUGAUGGUGGCCCACAGGCUGCCUAAGGCCUACAGCACGGGCUUCGUUGGCUGUGUAAAGAAUGUGGUGGUGGACGGCAUGGGGCUUCACCUGGUGGAGGACGCCCUCAAUAGCCCAAAAAUAUUACACUGUUCUGCCGCUGAGGACAAAAAAUAGCCUGGCUAAACCACCCCCUUCAUAAACUACAUGUCUAAUGCUGUAAUUAAGUUCUAUUUUUGUAUAAUUGUCAUCGCUUUUUAUAUUGGAAAAAAAUAAUACAUCGUUUAAAUUUGUUUUAUUUUGUUUUGUUAUACUGUAUUUUUUUUGUUUGUUUAUCUACGCCUCCCGUUCAUUCAUUAUCCCCCUCCUGAAAGGCCGGUGUAAAUACCUUGCGUAUAUGCGUACAUUUGUGUGGCGUUGCAAGACAAGCGAAAGUUGCAUUAAUUGUAUUUGUUAUUUUCAAACAAACGCGCAUUGCUUGAACACUGGUGAACCACAUUGGUCCUCUCUAUUAUUGCCUCGUCUUGGUGUCAUAUCAGUCACUACCACCCAACACAGCCUAUAGACAUAACCCUAACUCUACAUACAAACAUUCCCGUGUGAGGCAAAUGCAGUAGACAUACUGCAGAUACCUGUGUCAUGUUCAUUAGAGCACACUGUUACAAAAUGUUUUACAACAUUUUGCAACGAAAACAAGCCUGUCUUAUUGGUGCCUCAUGAACACAACUCUGGUUUCAUAGAACCCUCUGCUUGCCCCUGAUAGGACACAAGUUUAUUCCAUAUUAGUUAAGACUGAGUUUCGGAAACCGCCUGAUCAAACUCUUCUAACUCCUCAUACAGCGCAAAUACUCUCAGUUGGCUCUGAACCAAUGACUAAGUCUCAUUUUUGAACAAAGACGAAGUGCCAUGCAUUCCAGAACAACUUACAUAUCAUAAUUUCAAAACAUCCAUUAAUCAAGAAAUGUAAUAAUAAUUUACAUAAAUAAAUGUAAUAAAUAUAGAGUAUAUAAAUACCUGAGACUGUGAAUAUGUAAGAUUGGUUCUCUUCUCAUGUAUUGUGCUUCUCAUGUAUUGUGCAUAUUCUAUUUUGCAAUCAGUAAAGCUAACAAUGACCACUAGUUGCAUGCGGUUUCUGCGAUGUUGAUUUUGUUUUGUUUUAGUUUUGCCAGAUCUUUUCAUUUUCUGAGGCGAACGUGUCAGCGGUCAAGUGGAUUAUUUUACUCUCACCUGAUUUCACUGAGCUUGUAGAACUAUUUCAUUUGGCUGGGUCCUUUUUUGAUGGUGUAAGAGAACAAGUUGUUGUUUUUACCACAUCUGGCCUGAUGGAGGAGCUGUAAGAUAAGGCUAAAUAGAGGAAGAGGAGAGAUGUCAUACCAGGUGGGCAGUGGGACCCUUCAAUGCUCAGUCAUGGAAUGUUCAGUCAUCAAUAAAAUUCUUCAAUCUUUCAAACUUCAGAGUAAAAAAAAAUGUCUCAAAUUGAAAGGAAAACUGGUUUAUACUCUUGCAUUAAAAUAACAUAAACUCUUGCUGUUGGAAAGGGGAUAAUGUGAUAAGUUGGGAUAUUGGGCGGCAAAAUGUAAAGAAAAAUCGCAAACAUAAUUGCAAUUGCAAAUAAACAUACUAAUACAUGGGUUUGUAUUAAGAUGAAUUCUGCAACAUCCAAAAACUGGCAUAAACCCACUCUGUUUUGAUACAUAAGAUACUUGGCAAUAUUGUUCACUUCAUAUUUCCCCCUUCUGAAACAAAGGCGGCCAUUUUGUACGUGUAAAUUUAGCAUUGUGUAAAACUGUGGAGGUUAUGUUUUUAGUACUAUACACUGGAACCAAGAAGUCUGACUUGUCUGUUCACUACACACAAUAAUUAUGUUCUUAUGUCAAUGGGGAAGGAAAGGGAAGGGGAAGAGCAUUGAAGCAUAUGACUUUUGAGUCAAAUCAAGGACUAGUUUCCAAAGCUAAGACCAGUAACCGUGUGUGCUUAUGUAUGGUCUACACCACUGCAUUUCUAUGUUGUAUUACUGUUGAAUUGGACCUAUUCCAGUAGUUGUGGAAUGUGUCCUGUGUUAUUGACACUCAGAAGUGACACUGGCUCAAGAGUAAGACGGGCACAAUCUAAUGUCGGGGUAGUUGCAACUGUCUAUGAAUUGCCUUAAAACAGUUCAACGGCUCACCGGUUGACAAAGUCAUUGUGCUCUUAUUUUAGCCAGCAUCCUAGCCUCAUCAACCCCAUGGUGUAAAUUAAUAUGUAAUAAUUAAAUUCAUAAUAAUACUCAUACAAGUCAUCGGAGAGCCUCAAAAAUGUCUGCCUCUGGCUUUUACAGAAAAGGUACUAUUUACUGUUUGAAUCUAUUUUCUGUUCCUUUAUGUCUUCAUGUGGAUUCCCCUAUCGACUGGCCUCUAAACUACUGUUUGAUUUAGACGCUCCUGAAGGGCAGUGCACCGAGUAAGAGUGGCAUGACCUGACCAUUACUAACUUUAUUACCUUUGUCUUUUGUUCCUACCACCAUGAAAUAAAAUGUCAAACAGACCUGA